UCCUCCUCCUCCUCUCCUUCUCUUCCUCCUCCUCCUCCUCCUCCUCCUCCUCCUGCUCCUGCUCGGCUCCGCUUCCCACCCGCAGAGGCUCCCAUGGGGCGCCCAGGCCCCCACAACCUGACCUGCGUGUCCUACAAGCACCCGAGCGUGCGGGGGGCGCUGGGGGGCGCGGGGGGGGCGGCGGCCGGCGCCGUUCGCUGCCCCCCCGGGCAGUGCUGCGUUGGCAUCUGGAACCGCAGCCAGGCUCUGGUGCAGGGCUGCUGGGGCGGCCGGGGGGACGCCUGUCCCUCGGCCACCUGCGCCCCCAGCCCCGCGGGACAUCCCGGCAGCUCCGUGCUCCUGUGCCUGUGCCAUGGCCACCUCUGCAACGGCAACGCCACGGGGACAGCGGCCGUGGGGCUGGGGGGAACCCGGCAGGGCCCAGUGCCCGGCCAGGGGGGGUCCGUGGGGACCCUGUGGCUGUGGGGUGCCGGACCCCUCCUCCUCAUCCUCCUCACCUGUCUGGGCAUCCUCGGUAGGGACAGGAGCACGGCGGGGACGGGGGGACCCCCGGGCACAGCCAUCCCCUACCCGAUGUCCCCCGGGUGUCCCCAAACGCCACAUCUGUGGUGUUCCCAGAGUGCAGGUCCCCAGGUGUUGUGUCACCCUGUCCCUGGGGCGGGGGUCCCUGCUGUCCUAGUGACCCCCUGGGGUGGGGAGAUCCCGGGAUGCCACAUUCCCCGUGUCCCCUGCGUGGUGAGGGGGGCUGCUGGUCCCCGGUGUCCUCAGGUCCGUGUCCCUGAUUCGGGGGCGCUCCUCUGCGGGGGGUCCCCGGAUGGGGGUGUCCCUGGUGUCCCCCAUCCAGGACUGCGCCGGACAAGGGCCCGCACGGGUCAGCCACCGCGGAGGGGGCGGAGAAUCGGGGUCCCCCCGGAGCCCCCCAGCCCGGACCUGCCUGCGCUGCACUUCCUGCAGGUGCUGCAGUCGGGCCGGUUCUCGGCGGUGUGGCGGGGGACGCUGCGCCAGCGGCCCGUGGCCAUCAAGGCGUUCGCGGCCGGGGCUGGCCGGAGGUUCGCGGCCGAACGCGCCGUGCACGCGCUGCCGCUGAUGGAGCACGAGAACGUGGCCAGGCUGCUGGACACCAGAGCGGCCGGACCCCGCGCCCGAGGGGGACUCCUGGUCCUGCAGCUCUACCCGGCCGGCUCCCUGCGCCACUUUCUGGGGCAGCACGUGGGGACCUGGGCGGGCAGCGUGCGCCUGGCGCUGUCCCUGGCCCGCGGCUUGGCCUUCCUGCACCAGGAGCUGUGGCGUGACGGGCUGUACAAGCCCAGCGUGGUGCACCGGGACCUGAGCAGCCAGAACGUGCUGGUGCGGGAGGACGGGACCUGCGCCAUCGGCGACUUCGGGCUGGCGCUGGCGCUGCCACCGCGCGCCCAGGACGGCACCGGCGCCCGGCACGCCGUGACCAUCCGGAAGGCGGGCACCCAGCGGUACCUGGCACCCGAGAUCCUGGACGAGAGCCUGGACCUGCGGGCCUGGGGCCGGGCACUGCGCCAGGCCGACGUCUACGCGUUGUCCCUGCUGCUCUGGGAGAUCCUGUCCCGCUGCCAGGCCCUGAGCCCCGGAGCUCCGGUGCCGCCGUUCCGGCUGGCGUACGAGGCCGAGCUGGGCUCCAGCCCCAGCGGGGCUCAGCUGCGGCGUUUGGCUGCGGACGAGAGGCGGCGGCCGCUCAUCCCCCCCGCCUGGCACCGCGCCCCCCAGGUCAGACCCCCGGGACCCCGGGCCGGGGUCUGCGGCUGCUGGGGGCGCCCGCGGGGGCCCCGGGGGGUGCAGGGGGUCCCGGGGGGUCUCGGGGGGUCCGCGCCUCGGUGCCCGGGGGUAUUUUCGGGGGGUCGCUGCUCGGCGAUGACCCUGAGGACACCGGGGGGGUGUUCCCGUUCGGGGGUGUCAUCCCCGGGUGUUUCCCCCGCUGAGCCCGGGGAGGGGGGUCCCACAGCCCGGGGGGGCUCUGCCGGAGCUGCUGGAGGAUUGCUGGGACCCGGACCCCGAGGCGCGGCUCUCGGCCGAGCGGGCUCUGCAGCGGCUCCAGCGCUUGGCCGCGGGGCCCGCACCGGCCCCGGAGGACCCCGGCGCGGGGGUCGCCCCCCGUCAGGUCCUGGAGUCUCCCACCAUGUGGAACCCUGGUGCAGGUACAGGGGGGCACCCCGGUCUGGGGGGGCUGCCUUGACCCCCCCCAAGGUCAGACCCCUCCCCUAAAUCUCCUCAUUUCCCCCCCCAG